UGCCUCACGGUAGGGGUGUUAACAUUUUCUCAGACACGCAGAUCCACCCAGACAUACACACAUCUUGUUUCUCUGACCAGCGACCGUUUGUCACACAGCAAACAAGACAGAAGACGGCCGACCCUUCAGCCAACUUUGGAGAAGAAGUCAAAAAACACAGCCAUGGGGAAAGGAUGCAUCACAGUUACCAAGUACUUUCUGUUCCUCUUCAACCUCCUCUUCUUUAUCUUCGGAGCAUUGAUCACGGGCUUUGGCCUGUGGGUCCUCUUUGAUAACCAGAGCUUCAUUGCUGUUCUACAGGAGUCAUCAAACUCGAUCAAAGUGGCUUCCUACAUCCUCAUUGGGGUGGGUUCCUUAUCAAUGGGCAUGGGAUUCUUCGGCUGCAUAGGAGCCAUCUACGAAAUUCGUUGUCUGCUGGGUGUGUACUUCACCUGCCUCCUGCUCAUCCUCAUCGCCCAGGUCACUGCUGGAGUUCUCAUUUACUUUCAAAGAGAUCGGUUGAAAUAUGAGAUGUCCAACAUCAUAAAGGGCAUGAUAAUCCACUACACUGGCCAGAACAGGACCACAGAGCACACCUGGGACUACAUUCAGAGGACGAUGGAGUGCUGUGGAUGGACUAGUCCGGGUUACUGGUCUGAGAACAUUUUGAUCAAGAACAGCUCCCAGAACCUCUACCCAUGUUCCUGUCGCAAUGAGUCCCUGCCUGGCACGGACAUCAAGCAUGUCGGCCUGUGUGAGCACCUGUCUGCAGGCACGCCCAUCUAUCAAAUGGGCUGUAUGACUAGCGUGGAGAAAUGGCUCCUGGAAAACUGUGGCGUUAUUCUGGGAAUCUGUGUCGGUGUGGCAGUAGUGGAGCUCCUUGGGAUGAUCCUCUCCAUGUGUCUGUGCAAGAGUGUCGUCCAGGAGGAUUAUACCAAAGUACCGAAGUACUGAGCUGAAGACGGAGCCAGCUACACACCACACACAGAUGGAUGGACUCUUUUUGUCUCCCUCUCCUUGUCUCACAUUCUUAAGAACACACUCACACACACGCAAAUUGAGACAGCUGUCGCCUCCAUUUGAGCUUCUCCUGCCUUGACAGCUGUGCAAAUUUCUCACGCCCCGUAUGUCCCACACACACAAACACACACACACCUCUCAAUCAAGCUUGGUGGAAGUAAGUCCACAAGUUACCGUUGUUGUGUUAUCAUUUUGUUUUUUUUAAGGAGACAUUUAUGAUGUUAUUGUAAUUUUUCUUUUUUAAAUGUUCAUAUAUGUGUUGUUUUGUUUUCCUGGGCUGACCUCAAUGAAGUGCUUAACAUAGUAGUAGAGAGCACUUUAGUGACAUUUGGUGAGCUGAGAGCCGGAGAAUCUUCUGACUCCGGGGCAUGGAGAUGAGAGAGAGACAAGAGGGUGAGGGUGGGUGCAUGGUAGACUCUCUCAAGAAAUUAAUACCACUGUGUGAUGCUGCAGCUGGUAUUUUUGGUGCAGAGGGUGGAGGAGAGGCCCAGGGCAGGGCUGAUGAGGUUGAGGUUUUGGCUUCUUUCAUCAGCUCCUUGUACUCAGUAGCCCUCCUCCUCCUCCUCAUCCCUCCCUCUAUCCAUCAUCUGUUAGUGUCUAAAUCAUGUCCCUGUCCUUUUCUCGGGUGUGUCUGACUGGUAGCGAGUAGCUUAACAAAAUGACUAGUUUUGCAUGAAGUAAGUGUGUGUAUGAUGUGUUGAGUGAGUAUUUUAUUUCUUCUUGUUCUUUUUUUUAUAUUCUCAUGUCGUUUCUGUUUUGUUUUUACAGCUGUACAUAUGACUUUGGUAAGGGGUUAUGGCACUUCAGUGCUCGGUCAGCGUUUUAUAUGAGAAGCUGUCACCCACAUGCUCUUGUUUUAAGAGUUCAAUUGUUUUUCAUUUCCUGUCAGUUGUUGAUGAUGUACAGAGCACAGCAAUAGCUCGUCUGCACUAUUUUGGUCUGAAUCUGAGAAAUUACCCUUAGAAUGAAUCUGACAUCACUCUCUAUCGCUAUAUUUUAAUCUCUGUAGCAUGAAUUUGUGAACAGAUCAACCUACCAUAGCGCCUGCCCCAAACUUAUUUAUUUAAGCUCAUUACACCUGCCGUCAUUUUGAUAAAAUCAUAGCAAUAACAUGAAAACGGCAGCUGUGUGACCGCAAUGUAUUUUCCCUUCUCUGCGUCAUGGUUUAUUUUCCCUGAAGUAAUUUUCCCUGGUUUAUAUUAUUGGUUGCAAGAGCAGAGAAAAUGUUGGAAACUAGCAUUUUUAUUAUAAUACUGCAUAUUUCAGAAGCCGCUAUGAACAGAAAAUGACUGUUCAUCAUUCCAUGCUAUCCUUGCUAAAAAUGAUUCACAGAAAUGUUCCUCUGCUCGUCAUCAGUCCUUCCACUUCAUUUCAAACACGCUAUUAUGGUUGGAUUUAUGGUCGUAUUUUGUGGAUAGAUUGCACUUUUAUUUGGUUAAUAGUUUUUCAUGCCAUCUCACAAACGAGGGUACAACUGGUCAGUUGUGUCAGAAUUACGGCCUCUAUUUUAUGACCUGUUCUAUUCAAAUAUUAAUUUAACUAAAUGAGUGAUGAAGGCUUUUUUAUGGUGUUUUUAAGAUAUUUUUACACUUUUACAAAAAAGUUUUACAAAAAAAAUAUUCGUGGAGCUGUAAGCCAUGUUUGAAAAACAAACGUUUCUUGUUAUUAUUGAGAACUAUUAAACCUGAACACACUAGAAUCA